AUGCCUUGUAUAGCCAACUAUAGCCAUGUAUUACUAUGUAUUACCAUGUAUCGCCAUAUAUUACCAUGUAUAGCCAUGUAUACUCAUGUAAUGCCAUGUAUUACCAUAUAUAGCCAUGUAUUACCAUGUAUAGCCAUGUAUUGCCAUGUAUUACCAUGCAUAGCCAUGUAUUACCAUGUAUACUCAUCAAUAGCCAUGUAUUGCCAUGUAUUACCAUGUAUUGCCAUGUAUGACAUGUAUAGCCAUGUACAGCCAUGUAUAGCCAUGUAUUACCAUGUAUUGCUAUGUAUUACCAUGUAUCACCAUGUAUUACCAUGUAUAGCCAUGUAUACCCAUGUAAUGCCAUGUAUUGCCAUGUAUUACGAUGUAUAGCCAUCUAUAGCCAUCUAUAGCCAUGUAUAGCGAUGUAAUGCCAUAUAUUGCCAUGUAUUACCAUGUAUAGCCAUGUAUUUAAGCAAUAGACCACACUUUCUAUGAGUUUACCGGCGCGAUAACCCACGCAGGAUGUUGGGAGAACACGGUACGAGAAAAGCUUGUAAAUCACGAGCCGAAGGCGAGUGAUUUACAAGCUUUUUGAGUGUUCUCCCAACAUCCCAAGUGGGCUAUCACGCCGGUAAACCCGUAGAAAGUGUGGUCUAUUGCUUUUAUAAAAUAACUUCUAGUAGAAUGGAGUGUUUUAGGUAAAACAUAUGGUUCUAGUACCGGGAUCAAGUCACGUCUUCCCUCUUAAGUCAUCAUAAGCCAAUCAUGACUCACGAUUUAAUAGCGUUGAACUUUCUCAAAACACAGUUCAGUCAAAUAACAAACGACAGCACUUCAAAACACGAGUUUUUGCACUCAUUACAUGAUAACUUAUGAAAGCUGUUUUACAGGAAAAGUCAACACAUAUUCAUGCGAACAUAUAAUGAAAGAAUACGUUCAUGGUUUGUUUACUACAGAGGUAGAAAUUAAUUGAACAUCAGACUGUACGCAGCUGUAUUUUGUUGAGUCGAUCCGUAAGAAUUUCAUUGUUACAGACGGAACUGACAGCUAUUGUAAUGGAGGACUUCAUUCACUUUUUACAAGCUGCAGUGGUUUGAGAUCUGUUUUCUGGACUAUUAUGAUCAAGAAAUGCUGGGGUAACGACGUGGCUGCAUUUGCGAAGUUGUCGCAUGUAACUUUAUAUGCACGUACAGCGACCGAUAGAAAUAUGUCAGUGGUGGAGAAAGGUUUCUUUGCCGUAGCCACAUAUUGGCGUAAAUAUUUGUCGAUUCGUGAAGUCAGGUGGUUUGAGGUAGGUUAUGGCAUCGAUAUCACCGAAUAAUUUGUGCAAAUGUUGGAAAAAACCGGCGCGAAACUCUGACAUCUUUCAUCAUCGUUGGCAGCUUGUUUACAACCUACAGCGGCAGAUUUUGUACCAUAUCUUGAUCAGAGAUCUCUUUUUGGAACAAUUUCUUUCAUUAAGGAAUUUAAUUUUGACAUAAAAUAAAUCAAGAAUGCUAAAACUAUCCGUUUUGUUGCUGGUUGGCACAUGGUUGAGUUUUCCUAGAGACUUUCUACACCAGAAAUUCACACAGUUGUUGUCUUUCUCUGCGAUUAGCAUCGUCGUGAAAUGUAAACUGCUUUCCAGCUUUGUACUUUAUAACUUCUAAAGCUAUGGCAGUAGCGAAUUGUGAGGCUCAGUUAUAAAAUGUGGAAACCAACGCUUUUAAUAUUAAGAAGGGUUGGGUAAGUAACUUGUUCUAUUUUUUAGCCUUUCUAACAUCGUUGUUUGCAGAUCAAUAGCCGGUUUUGUUUAUGGUUCGUGGUCCGGAUGCCUUUUUCUAUGGGUUUACCGGUAUAAUAAACCAUAGGUUUAUGACCAAUCAGAUCACGCGUACUAUCUCAGUUACUUUAUAAAGCCAUGUAUAGCCAUGUAAUCCCAUGUAUAGCCAUGUAUACCCAUGUAAUGCCAUGUAUAGCCAUGUAUUACCAUGUAUUACUUUGUAUUACCAUGUAUCGCCAUGUAUUACCAUGUAUAGCCAUGUACUGCCAUGUAUCGCUUUGUAUUACCACGUGCUGCCAUGCAUCGCCAUGUAUUACCAUGUAUAGCCAUGUAUACUCAUGUAAUGCCAUGUAUUACCAUGUAUAGCCAUUUAUUACCAUGUAUAGCCAUGUAUUGCCAUGUAUUACCAUGCAUAGCCAUGUAUUACCAUGUAUACUCAUCAAUAGCCAUGUAUUGCCAUGUAUUACCAUGUAUAGCCAUGUACAGCCAUGUAUAGCCAUGUAUUACUAUGUAUUACUAUGUAUUACCAUGUAUCGCCAUGUAUUACCAUGUAGAUCCAUGUGUAGCCAUGUAUAGCCAUGUAUUGCCAUGUAUUGCUAUGUAUUACCAUGUAUUACCAUGUAUUACCAUGUAUAGCCAUGUAUACCCAUGUAUACCCAUGUAAUGCCAUGUAUUGCCAUGUAUUACGAUGUAUAGCCAUCUAUAGCCAUCUAUAGCCAUGUAUAGCCAUUUAAUGCCAUAUAUUGCCAUGUAUUACCAUGUAUAGCCAUGUAUAGCCAUGUAAUCCCAUGUAUAGCCAUGUAUACCCAUGUUAUGCCAUGUAUAGCCAUGUAUUACCAUGUAUUACUUUGUAUUACCAUGUAUCGCCAUGUAUUACCAUGUAUAGCCAUGUACUGCCAUGUAUCGCUAUGUAUUACCAUGUGCUGCCAUGCAUCGCCAUGUAUUACCAUAUAUUGCCAUGUUUACCAUGUAUUCGAUGUAUUGCCAUGUAUCGCAAUGUAUUACCAUGUGCUGCCAUGUAUUGCCAUGUAUUAAAAUGUAUUGCCAUGUAUUGCCAUGUAUUGCCAUGUAUUGCUAUGUAUAGCCAUGUAUUACCAUGUACUGUCAUGUAAAAGCAUGUAUUUCCAUGUACUGCAAUGUAUUGCCAUGUAUUACCAUGUAUUGCCAUGUAUAGCCAUGUAAUGCUAUGUAUAGCCAUGUAUUACCAUGAAAUGCCACGCAUUACCAUGUAUUACCAUGUAUUGCGCUGUAUUGCCAUGUAUCGCAAUGUAUUACCAUGUGCUGCCAUGUAUUGCCAUGUAUUGCCAUGUAUUACAAUGUAUUGCCAUGUAUUACCAUGUCUCACCAUGUAUUACUAUGUAUUACCAUGCAUUGCCAUGUAUUACCAUGUAUUACCAUGUAUUACCAUGUAUCACCAUGUAUUGCCAUGUAUAGCCAUGUAUAGCCAUGUAAUGCUAUGUAUAGCCAUGUAUUAGCAUGUAAUGCCAUGCAUUACCAUGUAUUAUUACGUAUUACCAUGUAUUACCAUGUAUUAUUAUGUAUCACCAUGUAUUGCCAUGUAUUACCAUGUAUCGCCAUGUAUUGCCAUGUAUAGCCACGUAAUGCCAUGGAUUACCAUGUACUGCCAUGUAUAGCCAUGUAUUGCCAUGUACUGCCAUGUAUACCCCUGUAUUGCCGUGUAUUGCCAUGUAAAGCCAUGUAGUGCCAUUUAUUGCCAUGUAUUGCCAUAUAUUACCAUGUAUUGCCAUGUAUUACCAUGUUUUGCGAUGUAUUGCCAUGUAUCGCCAUGUAUUACUUUGUGCUGCCAGGUAUCGCCAUGUACUACCGUGUAUUGUCAUGUAUUACCAUGUUUUGCGAUGUAGUGCUAUGUAUUGCCAUGUAUUACCAUGUGCUGCCAUAUAUUGCCAUGUAAUGCCAUGUAUUGCCAUGUAUUGCCAUGUAUAACCAUGUAUUACCAUGUACUGCCAUUUAUAUAGGCAUGUCUUACCAUGUAUUGCCUUGUCUUUCCAUGUAUUGCCAUGUAUUGCCAAUUACUGUCAUGUAUCGCCAUCUAUUACCAUGUAUUGCCAUGUAUGCCCAUGUACUGCCAUGUAUUAUCAUGUAUUUCCAUGCAUUACCAUGUAUUCAUGCCAUGAAUAAUCGGAUGGGUUUAUAAAUUGAGGUCUUCGUUUCUGAAUUUUACGGUAUUGUGCUAACUUGAGACUAUAGAAAAUACUAUUUUCAGAUUUCAGAUUUAUUUCUGCAAUCUUGCAUACUGUGAAUUUACGGGCGAGUCAGUGAUGAAAUUUUUGCCGGCUUAGUUGUCCUGAAUUUUUUAAUAAAUUUUAUGCCUUUAAAAUUGUUAUAAAUCUUUUCAAAUAAAGAGGUUCUGAAUGGAUGUUUUCUUGAAAUAUUCACUGUUCUUUACGCAUGUACGAAUGCCGAUUUGAAUUUAACACUGUAAGAGGGAACUACUAAGGGACUCAUUUUUCAACUGAAUAAUCAAUUUAUUAAUAGAAUCUAGGGAGGUAUGUUUAAAAUGUCCAGACUGUGACAAUAGCGUAUCUGAUUCAUUGGUCCUGGUGGUGGACUUAACCCUCCCCUCAGAGCCAUCCUCUCCACGCAUUUAUUUAUGUUUUCAUCGAGUCACUUUCAGUCAGUACAGGAAUUGAUAGUUCUGCAACGUGCGGAAAAAUUGACGUUUUCGAAACGCCAACAUCGGCUAAAAAAAAGAUAUAUAUAUGUAUAGUAUAUGGCCUCGAUCGUCAUGAGUUCUCAGUAGUUCAAAGUGGAUAGAGAGCGCCCGCCUUGUGUAUGGGAGGUCGUAUGUAUGCAUCUUGUUGGGGACUCAGAUGUUUUCUUUGUUCCACGCUAGUGACACGCUGAUUAUUUCAUUUUUACAUAAUUUCAAAUGUUAGAAAAUAAUAAAAAAAUAUCCGCUUUUUUUCAUUACCAAUCUAAUAAUCUAAAGUCUCUGCCCUUUCUGCACCUGAUCUCAUAGACAACAGAAGUUUACUUCAAGGGCUUCAAAAGGUCAUGGUUCGAGGUGUUUAAAUUGGUGGAUUUCGAUCCGUUGGUGUGUUUCUGUGUUUCAAUGAAGGUUCGUUGAUUUUAAACUUUAAUUUUCGCGUUUUCUCACGUGUUCUAUUUUUUUAGAUUCCCUAACUGAAAUUCAAGGAUUUUGACAACGCAAGUCCCUUGUUAGUAAUACAUGGCAAUAUAUGGCAAUACAUGGCUAUACAUGGUAGUACAUAGUAAUACAUGGUAAUACAAGGCGAUACAUAGCAGCACAUGGUAAUACAUGACGAUACAAUGCAAAAAAUGGUAAUACAUAGUAAUACGUGGCAAUAAAUAGCAAUACAUGGCUAUACAUAGCAGUAUAUGGUAAUACAUGGCAAUACAUUGUAAUACAAGGCAAUACAUGGUAAUACAUAGUAAUACCUGGCAAUACAUGGCAAUACAUGGCUAUACAUGGUAAUACAUGGCAAUACAUGGUAACACGUAGUAAUACAUGGCAAUACAUGGAAAUACAUGCCUAUAAAUGGCAGUACAUGGUAAUACAUGGCUAUACAUGGUAA